AUGCAGCGACACAGCUUCACCGCUCUCAACUCCACCUUCGUCGUCGAUUCAGAGUAUCAGUUCGUCAAGGAGCUCGGCCAGGGCGCUUAUGGCUGCGUAGUAGCCGCAAAACAUCGCCGCUCAGGCGAGGGCUGCGCUAUCAAGAAGAUUACCAACAUCAAUACCAAGCGUAUCCUCACUAAGCGAUGCCUGCGAGAGAUUAGGUUGCUUCACCACUUCCGUGGACACAAAAACAUAACAUGCCUCUACGACAUGGAUAUCGUCUUCCAACCAACCGGCAACUUCGAUGAGGUCUAUCUCUAUGAGGAGCUAAUGGAGGCCGAUCUACACGCCAUCAUCCGCUCAGGCCAACCUUUGACUGACGCCCACUUCCAAUCUUUCAUCUACCAAACCCUCUGCGGCCUCAAGUACAUCCACUCAGCAAACGUCCUCCACCGCGAUCUGAAACCCGGUAACCUUCUCGUCAAUGCCGAUUGCGAGCUCAAGAUCUGCGACUUUGGCCUGGCGAGAGGAUAUACCCCUGGCGGCGGAACAUCGAGAGCAGCAGGCAACCAGGGCUUCAUGACAGAAUACGUGGCGACGCGGUGGUAUCGUGCCCCUGAAAUCAUGUUGAGCUUCGCCAACUACUCGACAGCCAUCGAUGUUUGGUCAGUGGGAUGCAUCCUGGCCGAACUUCUCGGGGGGAAGCCUAUUUAUAAGGGAAGGGACUAUGUCGACCAGCUCAAUCAAAUUUUGCACUACCUUGGGACACCAUCCGAGGACACCCUUAGGAGGGUAGGGUCACCCCGUGCGCAAGAUUACAUUCGAUCGCUCCCGAUCAAGCCUCGCGUGCCAUUUUCGACGCUCUUCCCUCAAGCAAAUCCACUCGCUAUCGAUCUUCUAUCGCAGAUGCUUUGCUUCGACCCCGCUAAGCGGAUGAGCUGUGAACAGGCGCUUAAUCACCCAUACCUCCAGGUGUGGCACGAUCCCGCAGAUGAGCCUGUUUGUGACUCGAAAUUCGACUUCGGCUUUGAGGAGGAGGACAGCAUCGAGGGCAUGAAGAGGCUGAUCAUCGACGAGGUCAACUCCUUCCGCGCCGAGGUGCGCGCACAGGCCAGAGCAGCGGGACAGAUCCGCCGACAAGACAGCCUCCCCAUUCCCAGCCGCGACGAGAUCAUGAACUCCCCCGUGCAAGAGUACGGCCCACACCAUGGGGCGACGUCUGGGUUCACCGCCGCUGCCAAAGCGCACGCGAGACCUCCAAGCCCAAUCAUGGAUGACCCUAGCGAAGAGCUUGAGCGCGAGCUCGCGAGUACCCAUAUCAACAACGCCAGGAGAUAA